UGUGGCCUUCUCCGUCAAAAAUUCAAUAACAGUAACAGAUAAUUAGCCAUAUCUUGACCCGCAACAAUAGUUAUAAUUAAUAAUUUGAAUUUUUAUAGUUGUGGCUAUAAUUCCCCGCUUCAUAAUAAUUGUGGCUAAUAUGUUGUAUUUACCCUAAAAACUAAAAACUAUCAGCUGUAUAACUUAGCAAGUACGAUGUGUAGUUUUGCAUGUAGUAUUUGGUUUUUUACUUUUCAAUGUCCUUGGUGGUGAGCUUCUUGGGUAGUAGUUGUUAUUGCAAAAUAAAAUUAUGCUUAUUUAUUUGAAAUACGAAAGGAUAUUUGUUUGCCCUAUUAAAAUUGGGAGAUAUAAUGAGUUCAAAUACAGAAUUUGGGGGAUCAAGUGAAAUAUUCUUACGAGCCGGUCAUUUGAAUGGAGUAAUUUAAUGAAGCAAUUUUAUAAAUUUGUGAUAAUUGGAUCAAAUUAAUCUAUAUGACUCACACAAAACUUAUUUGUAUACACAAAAUUCAAGUGAAAUUAUUGGAUGGAUAUGAAUAAUUUUGAACUAAUUAUUUUCUGGAAAAGUAUAAAUAUUCAGUGUAUAUAAUUUUAAUUUUCUCAUUAUAAAUUUACUAAAAUGCGGCAAUUGGUCCAAUUACCUUAGUUAUUUCCAAAUUAAUGUCCGUCUAAUCUUUUAUGGAAUGAGAAAAACCUUUGCUGCUGAAACAAGACAAAAACUAGAAAGGAAACCUUUAUUUAUUUUCCCCUCGUUUUGGGUUUCCUUUCCCUCGAUCUUGCAUAUUCAUUCAUUCACCAGUGGCUGAAGCUAUUGGAGCAUCUGAGUUGGGAGGAGCGUUGGUCCUCUCGCUCUCUUGUAUUUUGAGUUUCUCUUUUAAUAUCGAUUUUUGCCUGCCUUAAACAUUUCUUCUUGCUCCUCUCGUGAAACCAAGCCGAGCUCCCUCACUUCAUCCCCGCCAGCCCUUCUCUCUUCUCUCUCUCUCUCUCUCUCUCUCUCACUCUCAUUCCCUUUCGUCGGUUCCAAAGAAGAGAUGGGAGAGCAGCAGAAGCAGGCUCAACCCCUUGGUGUCUGGCACACCAUCAAGCCGUUCGCCAAUGGCGGUGCCUCUGGUAUGCUCGCCACCUGCGUCAUUCAGCCCAUCGAUAUGAUCAAGGUGAGGAUCCAAUUGGGUCAGGGAUCAGCAUCCUCUGUUGCCUCGACCAUGCUGAAGGAGGAAGGUGUUAGGGCCUUUUACAAGGGUCUGUCUGCUGGACUACUGAGGCAAGCCACCUACACAACUGCUCGACUUGGAUCAUUCAGGAUGUUGACCAACAAGGCAAUCGAGGCGAAUGAGGGGAAGCCUCUGCCUCUGUAUCAGAAGGCAUUGUGUGGAUUAACUGCUGGUGCUAUUGGAGCAUGUUUUGGAAGCCCUGCAGAUUUAGCACUCAUCCGUAUGCAGGCAGAUGCCACCUUACCUGCUGCUCAGCGCCGGCAUUACACCAAUGCCUUCCAUGCACUUUCACGUAUUGUGGCAGAUGAGGGUGUUUUGGCUCUUUGGAAGGGUGCAGGACCUACCGUUGUCAGGGCAAUGGCUUUGAACAUGGGAAUGCUUGCUUCAUAUGAUCAAAGUCUUGAGCUCUUCAGAGAUAACCUUGGUUUUGGUGAAAUCCCUACGGUUGUUGGUGCUAGUGCCAUUUCUGGGUUCUUCGCUUCAGCUUGCAGUCUUCCGUUUGACUAUGUGAAAACACAGAUUCAGAAGAUGCAGCCUGAUGCUGAGGGAAAGUAUCCAUACACUGGUUCCCUCGACUGUGCUAUGAAGACUCUCAAGGCCGGCGGACCACUGAAAUUCUACACUGGAUUCCCUGUUUACUGUGUUAGGAUUGCUCCACAUGUCAUGAUGACUUGGAUAUUCCUGAACCAGAUCCAGAAGGCAGAGAAGAAAAUUGGAUUAUAGAUGUGAUGGAAAGAGAGAUAGGGAGUGAAAUUAAUAAAAUAACACACUAAAUACCUUUGGAUGAUAUGGUGCAUUGGUUUGUAGACGUUGGUUGGGGGUUUAGUUUCGGCUGAGUUAAUUUGUGCCUUGCAAGCCAAGGGAGCCAUUGUUUUGGUACACACAAUAUUUACCGUUGCACUGAUGUAGGAUGUUCUUUGUAUCUGUAGCCUUCCUUUAUUUUGGCCUUUUAGAUUGAUCCAUUUUCGCCUUUCAGAUUCUAAGAGAGUUCUUGGUCUCUGAAAAUAUGUUGGAAGAAAAUAAAUUUUGCACU